GGUGGGCGCGGGCGCUGCUGGGAGGCGGAAGCGGCCGCUGGCAUGGCGGCGGCCGUGCCGCUCGCUGCGCUGCAGCUGCUGCUGCUGCUGGGACCCGGCUGCUGGGGCCACGCGGAACGCCCACGCGACAGCCUGAGAGAGGAGCUUGUUAUCACUCCGCUGCCCUCCGGGGACGUGGCCGCCACAUUCCAGUUCCGUACGCGUUGGGAUUCGGAUCUGCAGCGGGAAGGAGUGUCUCAUUACAGGCUCUUCCCUAAAGCCCUGGGGCAGUUGAUCUCCAAGUAUUCCCUGCGGGAACUACACCUGUCAUUCACGCAAGGGUUUUGGAGGACUCGAUACUGGGGGCCACCCUUCCUGCAGGCUCCAUCAGGUGCAGAGCUCUGGGUCUGGUUCCAAGACACCGUCACAGAUGUGGAUAAAUCCUGGAAGGAGCUCAGCAAUGUCCUCUCCGGGAUCUUCUGUGCAUCCCUCAACUUCAUCGACUCCACCAAUACGGUCACUCCCACCGCCUCCUUCAAACCUCUGGGGCUGGCCAAUGACACCGAUCACUACUUCCUGCGUUAUGCUGUGCUGCCUCGGGAGGUUGUCUGCACCGAGAACCUCACCCCGUGGAAGAAGCUCUUGCCUUGUAGUUCCAAGGCAGGUCUGUCAGUGCUACUGAAGGCAGAUCGCUUGUUCCACACCAGUUACCACUCCCAAGCAGUGCAUAUCCGUCCUAUCUGCAGAAAUGCUCAUUGCACCAGCAUCUCCUGGGAGCUGAGGCAAACCCUUUCGGUUGUAUUUGAUGCCUUCAUCACGGGACAGGGGAAGAAAGACUGGUCCCUCUUCCGCAUGUUCUCGCGGACGCUCACUGAGGCCUGCCCACUGGCAUCGCAGAGCCUAGUUUACGUGGACAUCACAGGCCACAGCCAGGACAACGAAACCCUGGAGGUGAGCCCUCCUCCCACCUCCACAUACCAGGGUGUCAUCUUGGGCACCCAGAAGACCUAUGCUGUCUAUGACUUGUUUGACUCAGCUAUGAUCAAUAACUCCCGCAACCUCAACCUCCAGCUCAAAUGGAAGAAACCUCCAGAAAAUGCAGAGGCCCUUCCUGUGCCCUUCCUGCAUGCGCAGCGGUAUGUGAGUGGCUACGGGCUGCAGAAGGGAGAGCUGAGCACGCUGCUGUACAACGCCCAUCCUUACCGGGCCUUCCCUGUGCUGCUGCUGGAUGCUGUGCCUUGGUACCUGCGGCUGUAUGUGCACACCCUCACCAUUACCUCCAAGGGCAAGGAGAACAAACCAAGUUACAUCCAUUACCAACCUGCCCAGGACCGACAGCAGCCCCACCUCCUGGAGAUGCUGAUUCAGCUGCCAGCCAACUCUGUCACCAAAGUCUCCAUCCAGUUUGAGCGGGCGCUGCUCAAGUGGACUGAGUACACACCAGACCCCAACCACGGCUUCUAUGUCAGCCCAUCUGUCCUCAGCGCUCUGGUGCCCAGUGUGGUGGCAGCCAAACCAGUGGACUGGGAAGGGAGUCCUCUCUUCAGCACCUUGUUCCCAGUGUCUGAUGGCUCCAGCUAUUUUGUGCGACUCUACACAGAGCCCUUGCUGGUAAACCUGCCCACACCUGACUUCAGCAUGCCCUACAACGUGAUCUGCCUCACGUGCACUGUGGUGGCUGUGUGCUAUGGCUCCUUCUACAACCUCCUCACCCGAACCUUCCACAUUGAGGAGCCCAAGUCAGGUGGCCUGGCCAAGAGACUGGCUAACCUCAUCAGGCGUGCCCGCGGUGUCCCUCCUCUCUAAGACUACCCUUGAGCAUUCCUAGCUGCACCCUACCCACUCACUCCUGUUCAGGGCAGUAGGGCUGGGACUUUUUCUACCACUCUUUCUGUCCCCAGAGUUAGAUUUUGGAGCAAACUCCGCCUAGGCCUGGCCAGGGCCUAGAGCUGUGGUGACCAGUGUGGCAGCCUCAAGCCAGAUGCAGUGCAGAAAUGCACGUUUCCCUUCUUCUGUAGCAGCCUCACUUGUGUCCAGAAGUGGCUAGUGCUGCUGUACACUGGACAGCCUAGAGAAAGUCCCAUCAUCGCAGGACGUUCUGAUGGCCCAGGAAAUGGAGUGCAGAAGCGCUUGUGUACUGUGUGGUGGGUUGAAUUUACUGUUGUAAUAAAGUGGCUGCUUUCCUAGGUUAUUGCUGUCUCCUUGAGGCCUGGGAAGAGUUCCCAGCCAAAGCCUGCGUGAGGAGUGCAGCUCUGCCCACUCCUGCCAGAAAUUCCUCCUCUGUGUAUUCUCCACACCCCUCUCAAAGUAAUUCUCCAACUCUGGGUUUGGCUGGGAGGUUUUGUGUAAAUAUAAUCUAUGAUCAUGAAAAUGAAUCCUGUCAGCAAGGGCA